UAUGUUUAUAUAAACCUGACCCUUUGGGACUUUCUCAAACUCAUUAUAAUAUUUAUUUCUCUCUUGAUUACUACCUCUGGUUACCAUUUCUCUCUUCCAUCACUUUCUUGAAUCCUUCCCUUGGGAUUUCCAAAGCAAAUCAUUUACUAAUAAAGAAGAAUUUUUUUUUAAAAAAAAGAUGGCUGCUUUUUCAUACCAAUUGCAGCACACAAACCCUUUCCUUCUUGACUCAGUUUUUUUGCCAAGUUCUCCUAUUAAGAUGUCUGGUUUUUUAGAGGAACAAAACAAUUCUAUAGUACAAUGUUUUACUCAAUUUUACCAACCAGAAUUUUUUCAGCAGCUCCCAACUGCCAAUGUGAUUGUUCAUGAAAGUAGCUAUUGCCUUGACCAAAGCACAAAUGUUACACUUGGCCAAAAUGAGCCUAAUUCUGUGACCAACAACCGUAGCAGCAGUGUUAGCUUGGAUAUGGAUUCUUCCUCUGUCACUGAUAAAAUAGAAAGUAGGAAUAAGCCUAAUUUUACUCCUAUGGACAAGAAAAGAAAAUCCAGAGAAGGGUCUUCCUCAAUGAGUUCUGCUCAUUCUAAGAAUGUAAAACAGGUUGAUAAUGGGAAAAAGAAGAAAAGCAAUAGCCAAUCAGUAGCCAAAGAGGAGAAAAAGGGAAAAGAGGAGAAGAAAGCUAAUGAAGAGGCUCCAACAGGCUACAUUCAUGUUAGAGCAAGAAGGGGUCAAGCAACAGACAGCCAUAGUCUUGCUGAAAGGGUGCGGAGAGAGAAAAUAAGUGAAAGGAUGAAGAUACUGCAAUCUAUUGUUCCUGGUUGUGACAAGGUAACUGGGAAGGCCCUCAUGUUGGAUGAGAUAAUCAAUUAUGUCCAAUCUUUGCAAAACCAAGUUGAGUUUCUCUUCAUGAAACUUGCUUCUUUGAAUCCAAUGUACUAUGAUUUUGGCAUGGACUUAGAUGCACUCAUGGUCAGACCUGACCAGAGUUUGAGUGGAUUGGGAACACCACUGCCAAAUAUGCAGCAAGCUAGCCCUACUAACAUUACAUCGCAGGCAGCUGAAGUUAUUCCUAACAUUAAUAAUAGUGGCUAUCCUUUCUUGGAUAAUUCAGCUUCACUCAUGUUUCAACAAGCACAUUUUCCUAAUUCCAUUUCUCAGGGUAAUGGACAGCUCUUAUGGGGUGCAGAUGACCAAAGACAAAAAUUUAUUAAUCAGUCAGGACUCAGCAACAACUUUUGUUCUUUCCAUUAAUGUAACACCAAGCCCUGCCCUACACUACAUCUGCAUUUUGGAAAGGAGGUUUUAUCCAGCAAAAGAGGUGGGGCUAAAAAAGAAGUUCAAACCUGACUAUAGUCCUAGUAUAUAACCCCCUGUGCAUGCAUAUGGAGGAUGCUAAAUCACCCUAUCAAGGCUCGGAUUCUUCUUAAAUAUUCACUAGACUAGAUUGAAAUGAUAGGCCUUUUGGAUGGAUGUUAUGAUUCAAGAAAUCAGUGGAAGCCAAAAGAGUCAACUGGCGGAAUAAGAAAGCAGAGAUCUUUUUGGAGAUCCUUUUGAUUGUUCCUGUCCAAUAUUUUGACUUAUAAUUCCUGAAUCUAUUGAAGCACAAGUUCCUAGAGCCAUGUGAUGGUGGUGGGUGGGUGUUAAACCCUAGCUUAGCUAAAAGAAGGGGAAAAAAUGUAAUUCGUUUUUUUGCAUCUUCUUCUAGUAAUUGAUAUUAUUAUUGUUGUUUCUUUGUUAUUACUGUUAAUUUUUACGGUUUUAGUAGGGUUUGAUGUUAUUUUGUGAAUGCCACAUGAUUGGUUUGCAUAAAAGAUGGAGGAUUGUUGCUUUCA